UAUUUACCAUCAUAUAAUUUCAGCUAUGGUGUCCAGUGGUAUUCACCUUCUUGUCGCGCUCUCUAUUAUUUUCACAAUUUCCCUAAGGCCAUGCUACUGCCAAAACCUCACCGUACAAGGCAAUGGCUUCGCCCCCGCUAAAGCCACUUGGUAUGGCGACCCUCAGGGAGCCGGAAGCACCGGAGGGGCUUGUGGAUAUACCGAUGCAGUGGCGAACCCGCCGUUCGAAGGGAUGAUUUCAGCCGGAGGCCCUUCAUUGUACAACGAUGGUCGAGGGUGCGGAACUUGUUACGAGAUUGUAUGCACGGAGAAUCCGGCAUGUUCGGGAAAACCCAUUACAGUGGUGAUAACAGACGAGUGCCCGGGCGGACCAUGUGCUUCCGAUCCGGUUCAUUUCGACCUCAGUGGCACGGCCAUUGGUGCUCUGGCCAAACCCGGUCAGGAUGGCAACCUACGAGCCGCUGGUAUUCUGAAUGUUGAGUAUAGCCGGUCGCCGUGUUCCUACCCGGGGACUAAUAUAGCAUUCAGAAUGGACCCCGGAGCAAACCCUUACUACAUGGCAUUUGUGGUCGUGUACGGUGACGGUGACGGCAAUUUGGCCGCCGUGGAGAUCCAACCCGCCGGCAAGAACUAUAUGGCCAUGCAAGAGAUGAGGUCCGCGGAAUGGAAGCUCAACUCCGGUGACCCUUUGACCGGACCCUUUAACGUCCGUCUUACCUCCGGCGUGUCCGGCAAGGUCGUGGAGGCUAAUGCUGUAAUUCCAGAGAACUGGAAGCCUGGUGACACUUACCGCUCCGUCGUUAACUUCUAGUGUGUCUUCUGUUGUUUUGUUAAUUAUAUUUGAUUGGCGAAGGCCAUACAUAACAUAUCAAAUUGUAUUGGAUAAUAAAUAAAGAUACUUUCUUCCGCUC